GAAGUCUCUUCCUUUUUCCGGUUGCCAACCCCUUGAGGUUAACGAAAUAAACUUUCUUUCUACAAAUCUAGCAUUAUCUCCGUAAUCUUUCAUUUUAAACAUCAGCUACUCUUUUUUCUGAAAAGCAUAAUUAUUUAUUUCAUAAUUAUAAUUGUUAAUACUCAGUGAUCGGAGUCCAAUAAAGAUAUAUUCGUUAUUGUUUACAUGCUUUCGGAUUUGGGAAUAGAACUUGCCAUGCUAUUAUUUCUGCAACUAAAGCCAGACUUCGAAGUAUUAGACAAAAGACUAAUUUCUCACAGUAGCUAAACAGAUCAGGUCAUGGCUCCAAGAACGAAAGGGUCAAAGAAAGGUGACAAGAAGGUGUUGACAGAAGUCAUCACGAAGGAGUGCACCAUUCACCUGCACAAGAGGAUCCAUGGAAUUGGAUUCAAAAAGAGGGCACCCCGUGCAGUAAAAGAGAUCCGCAAAUUUGCGGAAAAGAUGAUGGGUACCCCAGAUGUUCGUGUGGACACCAGACUUAACAAACACAUCUGGUCCCAGGGCAUCAGGAAUGUUCCAUACAGAGUGAGAGUAAGGCUGGCACGCAAGAGGAACGAGGAUGAAGAUUCUGUACACAGACUGUACACUUUAGUCACAUACGUGCCCUGUGUUUCAUUUAAAGGUAAACCGCAGUUAAUCAUAUACAUCAAUGUGACUUGGCAGAGUGCAAGACAGUCUCCAGUAGAUCUUGGGGUAACACUGUAAAUGUAGGUUUAUAGCUAUUGUAAUUACCGUAGAUAAAAUGAAGGGAACGAUUGUUGGUUGGGUAAGGUUGCUAAAGGAGUAGAAGGGAUUAACCUUAAAUUACAAAACUAACGAGUGUUUAUGAUCGCGUGGAAAAAGAAAAGAAAAAACAUGUCCGUGGGUAAAUUUUGAAUUUUCAACACAUUGUCUUACACUACCUCAUUAUCAGCGUCACUACAUUUUACUGUUCCUUGGCUUUCUUACCUUUACAUCGAAUUAGGUUUAUUUUUAAUUCAUUCAUCAUAUCACCAUCAUCCUUUCUCUCGAUAGAUCAUGACAUGUUGAACAGGUAAAAAGUGAAAAUUGGUGACAAUAUUGUGUGAUGUAUUCUCAGAUGGUGAUAUGGUUUCUUAAUUGGGCAAAUUAAUUCUAGUGUUUUCGUGAAUAUUUUACCAAUUUUAUUUAUUAUUUUUUAUUAAAAGCAUCAACAUUAAAUUGCUCUUCAGAUUCAAAUAAAAGAAUUGAAAAAAACUGAUAUUUUCCAUUCAGUACAUAGAUAGUGCCUAGAUGGAAGUUUCUGUUAAUGAAGUUUCAUUUGUUCUAAUUUUUUCAAAUAUCUGUAUUGCUUGAUCACCAGGAAAAAGAUUUCAUUUCCUGAAAAAUUCUGAGAGAAUCUGAAAUAUGAAUUUAAUUGUAAAAUAUCACGCUUUUUCGAAUAUUUUGCAAUCUAAUUAAAUGUGGGGCUCAAAAAAAAAGUGUUUCCAGUAAGUUGACCAACCCUACUUUACCCUCCAAACUUAGUACUUCUUAUUUCAAAUCUGGAUUGCAAACCGUAAUGGGUUUCACUAGUAGUUUUUCAGAAAGCGCAGUUGAAAAGAAGCUUGUACUAAAACACCAUAAAAACAUGAUCUGCCUACUGGAGUGAGGAGCAGAUCGUAUGUCAUUAGUUUUGUACCAUAACAAUAUUGUGAUGCCAUGUAAGCAAUGAUCAUUGAUACAAAUAUGUUAUUUCAUGUGUUUAUUUACAGUGUAAUUAAUAUGAAAAUUACAGUGUAUUAAAUAAAUUACUGAAGUAAAAAGUUGAAUUCAAAAAAGAGUUAGCAUCGACCUAUCCUAUUGGGGGAGGGGAGGGGGUUUACCAUAAACACACAUAUUUUCAUUUUGGCCUUUAAAUGAUAACUGCUGUGACAUUUUCACUACUGUUGUAGUUCAGUUACAUCAAGUUAGGUGGGGAAAAGGUUUAGACAUGCACAGAUUGUACAAAUGAAGCAUUGGCUUAGUAUAUUUCUUAAUUUGGUGGAAAAGAAUUGUCUUUAUGUGUUGGCCUUAAAUGUUAGGCAUUCUAAAGUUAUGUUUGGACAAAAAAUUCAGAGGCUACUUGCCUGAUGUCGAAGUAGUAGAUAAAAUCCUGUGGAUGGAUUUUCAAAACAUGAUAUGACUAAAAGAUUUGUAGUGUAAUAGUGCUUGUCGACUAAAUAAACCUUACAGUACAUGUAUAACCUCACCAAAAGAAAUUGAAAGAUAGCCCAAGAUUCACUUUUGCACUCUGAAAGUUUAUACACUGACUUGAAAAAGCAGGAAGAAAUUUAUUUACGUGCUUUCAAAAUUAGAUUUCAUGUCUUUUUAGACUAACUUUUCUUUUUCUUUUUUUCAGGUACACAGACCAUUAAUGUUGAUAAUGAAUAAACAUGUACAGAAGAUGUAAA